AUGGUUCACUCACCGCCGACGCCUCCCCGGUCGCCGAAAGGCGCACGGUCACUGCUCUCUCCGGCGUCGGCCGGCGCGCCAGCAGCGCUUCCGGUGGCGUCGUCCGGUGUCCAGCUACUCUGCACGCCAGCUGCACCACCGAUAGCGUCGCCCGGGGACCGGGUGCCCCGCGCGUCAGCAGCACCACAGGUCCCCACGGCCAGCACCCAACUGCCCAGUUCCACGGCGCCCGGUGCCCAGUUGCUUCGCACACCAGUAGGGCCAUCGGUGGCGUCUCCGGUUGGGCAGAUGACCCGAGCACCAGAAGCGCCGCCGGUGGCGGUGCCCCGCGCACUAGAAGCGCCGCCGGGCGCACCUCCCGGUGCCCGCCGAGAUGGAGGUGGAGGUGGCGGGCCCCAGGGCGGCGAGGCAGCCGCGCAGCGCCCGACGCAGCCCGCGCACCUCCGCCACCAGCUCCCCGCGCUGCACGCGCAGCCCCGCCACCCCCAGCAGCGCGCCGUUGAAGCGCCGCCAGAAGCGCUCCAGCGCGCCCAGCGGCGCCAGGCCCUAAACAUCCCAAGAAGCAAUUUGAAGAGCGCCCACCUUGAUGUCGAGGAAGAAGCUCAGCUGCUUGUGCGGGGGCGUUUCGGCGCCGGCGUCGUCGGCGGGCAACCCCCAGGGCAGCACCUUCUCCCUCUGCGUCUCCAGGCGGCGGCACAGCGACCCCAGCGUCAGCACGCGCGCCGCCUUCGCCUCGGCUCGCCGCAGCUCCUGCGCAUGCGCCCCGGCGCCUCCGCUAGUGCGCUAGCCCUCCGCCAGAUGCCGCCAGCGUUUGGAUGCGGUUUCAACCUCCUCACCGGCUCGGCCUUGCAAAAUGAUCGGCAUUAUUUCAGGCAUUUUAAUUAAAAACGAUUAUGUUAAUGAAGAAUAUAAUUAUUUGGCACGUUUGUGUGCGAGGAAGUAAAACUAGAAUAAAUAUUUUUUUAUUAAAAAUGAAACCACCUUAGUUUUGGCUUUUUUCAUUUUUAAAUAGCUUUUAUUUUUGUAUUAUUGUGAAAUGAUAAGGGAAAAUUUACUAAGAAAUAUGUUAACUUUAUUGACAUCAACUAAUUUCUCUAUCUGAAAUGUUGUCCGCAGAAAUGCUUGACAGGUCACGGAGCUACCAAAGAAUUCUUAAUUCUUUCAGAACUGUCAUGUGCUAAACAAAUAAAAAGUUAUUAUAUGUAUAAAUUAUUGAGGAAUUAGAAGUACAUUAUUUACAACUAAAGAACAUAUCGUUGGCUACAUUCCGCUUCUGCAAAGCAAUUCAAUUUUCACGAGUUGGCAAACAGUUAUAUUUCGUUGUUAAUAUUUCGCACCUGUGAGAUUACAGUCCGCAAGUCGGUUUUGGAGCCUCAUGAGUUGCAGCAUUACAUCCAAGCCACGACAAAAAAUAAAAUAUAUACAUGCCGAUUUAGAAAAAAAAAUAAUGGAAGACAGAAAGUAGUGCGGCCAAGAAUAAACGUACAAAUUUUGAAGUGGUGAACUAAACACAUCACAUUUACUAUAUUUACCAUAAAACUACUUAACCUAAAGUUCGAUGUGACGACGAUGAAUCAGAAAAACUCUUCGUGAACACGAUGCAGGAAGGAUACUCAUUCACUAUUUUCGAUGCAAAAGAAAAUAGUAUAUCACGCAGAUAUCUACAGACAUUGUAGCAAAGCACUAAAACUUGUGAACGAGGUACGUGUGUGUAUAUGUCUAAUUAUGUAAAAUGUACUCUAUGUUCCUUGUCAGAAUUUUAUAACGUUAUGAGUGACAAAGGAUUUGACAAAGUAAAAAUGGAAAAAGGAAGCAAUAUUUCAUGAAAUCAUGCAGUAUUUUUGUGGGUAUAAGGAGUUAUAUUGGCGAGUGUCGCAUAGAUUUCUUGUCUCAAAGUUAUAAGAGACGCGUACUCGCCAAAUUGCUCUGGAAAUUUCACGAGUCAAACAGUGAAAGACUACGCCAAAAAAAACUAUGUAUUUCCUUAAAACGGCUACGAAAAGGAUGAUCAAGCGCAUGUUAAAUGUCGUGUUUCACAGCAUUAUACUCCAUGGACCAGUAAAUGGCCGCCGUACAGUGUGCUCUAUUGAACUGCUGAGGACAGACGUUUUUGAUGAGGCAGAAUGUUCUGUCCAGUGACUAGUUUCUGUGCAAUUCUCGUGCUGUGUGUUAAAGCAGUUUCUCUCGCUAGCGUAAGCUCGCGAAGGCGUGGUAAUUUUCAACCACUCCACUCUGUGUCUCUUCUCGUGUCUGCCUCUCUCCCUUCACCACUCCUUGUCUCUCUCUCCUCGCCUAUCACGACAUAUCAGAGCGAACGCGUCCUGUAUGUUCUUGCUACUGUUUGUAAAUAAAUUUUUUGUGUGUGUCAGCAACA